GCCCAAUCGAUUCUCGAAAAACGUUCGCGAACGUGAAACAUGAGUUAGAAAAGGACAGAGAUAUAUUCGUAUCCUUUUCUAUCUCAUGAACCACGUUCGCGAACGACUUUCGUGUGAAGCUGUUCUGCUUUGGCCUUUUUUCAAUAGCACUAGCAGACGUCAUUCCAGAUAUAUAGAGUUCAGUGGUCGCUGCUGGCAUUUUUCUUUGCUAAAUUAUAGUUUGAUUAGCUCACAGCGUUUAACUGCAUGGUUUGAUUCAAUCUAAUUUUGUAGAUAAAACAAUAAUAGAAAUGGAAUCAAUGAUGACCGAUGAUAACAAGGGCGAAACUUACAUUACGCAACAAAUGUUUCGUGAAUAUGAAUUAAAUUGGAUUAUCGAAGAUUUUAAAUUUAUUUACGAAUCAUUGAAAGUAAUUGAAUCACCAAGAUUUCCUUCUACUUCAACAGAAGAUGGCAAAUGGUAUAUUGAGUUUAAUCUUGCAAAUGUGGACAAAGAUAAUGUAGAGACCGUUGAAAUUUUGUUAAGAAACACAUUAAAAUUAAACAAAUAUGUAAAAUGUGAUAUAAAUAUUACAGAUUCUUUUGGUAAGGAACCUCAUUUAUAUUAUUCUGAUUUAGACAAUUUUAGUACUUCUUUUUAUUGGUCGUAUUCAAAAGAAGAUUUCUAUAAAGAAUGGGAUAAAUCAACCCUAAGUAGUAUUAAAGUGCAUUGUAAAGUUAUGGUAUUGGAUUCAUUAAAAGAUGUUAUUCAAAAUGAAUUAACUCAUUAUCGAGAAUCGGAAAAUCUUUUGAACCAAAUAGAAAUUUGUUUUGAUGAUCUAACUUUAAAAGACGUCACUUUUAAAGUCGAAAACAAAGUAUUCACUGCACACAAAAUGAUUCUCAGCCUUCGAAGUCCAGUUUUUGCAGCAAUGUUUAAAAGUAAAAUGAGUGAAGAAUUAACUUCAAUUGUUGAAAUUAAGGACAUAGAGUCAACAAUAUUUCAAAAAAUGCUUCGCUUUAUUUAUACUGACGAAGUAAAGUAUUUGAAAGAAUCUGCAAUACAACUUUACAAUGCGGCGGAGAAAUAUCAACUGGAAAAACUAAAAGGAAUGUGUAUCAAUAGUUUAUAUAAAAAUUUAUCCUUAAAAACAGUUAUAGAAACUCUGAAAUUUUCGGAAAAAUUUUCAAUCUUUGAUUUAGAGAAAUGUUGUUUAAAAUAUUUAGUUUUGAAUAUGGAAACAUUGAAGGAAACGUUUGCAUUUGAAGAAUUAAUAAACAUGUAUCCCCGUUAUUCUAUGAAAAUAAUCGAAAUGCAACAGACAAUUAAUUGUGAAAAGGAAGAUGCUAAAUUGUCUGCGAAUACAAUAUUUCAAUUCAAGGAUAGAUAUUAACAUUUAAAUAUUUCUAAAACCGUUGUUUAAUUUAUAAAUGUGAAAGAAAUUUACUCAUCGCUUUAUGUGAAAUUAUUUUAUUUGUUCUCAAUGUAACAAAAGUUAAUAUGUAAAAAUAUUUUUAUAUUGAA